AUGAACGGCUUGAAAUUUAAUCUUAAAUUACCCCCAUCAGCAGCUAAACCAGCGCAGCCAGCUGAAAACAAGCCAGCUACAUCAUCUGGCAAUGGAUGGGGCAAAGCUCUCGGCGGAAAUGGACAAAAUGGUUUUAAAUUAAAUAUCAAAUUUGGAAAAGGCGCAACAGAAAAUAAAAAUAACUUCCCAGAAUUCAAUUUCGGAACAGGUCAAACAUUUCAAUCCAGCAAAGAUCCAAAAGAGAAAUUCGAAACUACCGUAUUAGGCGCAAUUGGAAAGAAUACCGCAGCACAAGGUAACAACGAAGAAGGUGGUGAUGAUGCCCAAAAUAUUGUAAGCAUUAACGCAGAUGAAUUUGCAGGCGAAGAAGACGAUCAAAACUUACUCAAUCGCAAGUGCAAGCUUUUGGUUUUAACACCUCCAACAGAUGCAGGUGGUAAAGCAGCAUGGACAGAGAGAGCUAGUGGACCUUUCCAUCUUAAUAAAACGAAAGAUGCACAUAGAAUUGUUAUCAGACGUGAGCCACUUCUUCAACCUGUUGUUAACACUUUAGUCGGAGAGUAUCUCAAACCAAAGCUUAAUAAAUCAACUAUUCAAUGCUGCUUCAUAUUAGAUAAUAAACCAACACCUGCAACAAUUAGAUUCAAAGAUUCUACAAUUGCCAAAGAAGUAUUCGACAAACUUACUGAAAUUAUUGACAAUCUCAAGAAAUAA